AUGACAGGAUGGAAAAAGGACGCUGGGGACAAGCUGGAGAAAUCUGAGAUCAACAGUGUAGGCGAAAUGAACUGUACCCACGUUGAUUUCCCGGCUUCGAUUGCCACGCAGCGUCAGUGCGGUGGGGACCCGGACCACAGCGGGGAGCUGCGGGCCUCGGAGCUGCGGGCUUGGCGCCGCUUUCCCGCACACUUGGCGGGCGGCGGCGUCGGCGGCCCCAGCAUUAGCCAAGCUGCCGCCGGGGGCCCCUCACCGGCCCCAGGUGCGGGGACGCCCCCGCCUCCACUCCGCAAGGCGCCCGGGACCUCGGCUCACCGCGACCCUCCCCAGGCCCGCGAGGACCCCUGGAUCCGCCCCCUCCCCUUCGCCCGGCCGGAACCCCCCAGUCUUCCGGGUGGUGCGUGCGAUGGGGAAAUGCGACGGGCGGUGCGCGCUGCAGCUGGUUACGGAGGAACCCUGGCGGCCGAUCGCCUACGCCCACUCCUGCCGCAGGCGGGCUGGAGUCGCUGCGCGGUCCUCCUGCUGCGGUGGCACCGGGACCGCCGGCCGGCGAGCCGCGCGCGCCCCCUGCCGGCCGCCGGCCGCCUCGGCCCCGGUGCAGGCGGUGAGAACCCCGGAGCCCGUGCGCGGAGGCGGGGCUCACCGGAAAGAAUCGGAGCGCGCUGCCGCCGCCGCUGUCGCUACUAUGACUACCAUCCUGUCGGUGACAGCGCUGGUGCCGGUGGACAAGGAUGCCUGGGGGCAGGCCCUCACGGGAGUUGCUGGUCCUUCCCAGGAACACCCAGGGCUCGUAAAGGAUUGUGGACCAGCUGGAAAGGACUGGGGUGCAGCCGGCGUCAGGACUGCGGGAUGUGCGGGCUCCUGGCCCCGGGGUGGCAUCCUGCAGUCGGUCAAACCGUGUCGGAAAGUCAUCCAUAAUGGAGGAAGAGAAAAUGAGCUGUAUCAUCCCAAUUUACUGAAUACGAAAAAUAUUAAAGACUUAUCUCUAGAUGGCAGAA